AUGAAGUGCGCCGAGUACACGCACAUCCCGUUAGACGAUAUAGAGCCAGACCUUAUCGAAUUUCCGAGGAAGAUAACAGCGCUUUCCGUCUCGAGCUCCGGCAUAACACAGGCUCUGCAGGCUCAAGCUCAAAUGGUUUAUGCAUGCACGGCACAACGAGACAAUGACCUCAAUCUCCGCCUAGCCAAGCUCUCGCAGCGACGCAACGAGCUUAGUCUCAAAAUCUCCAAGAUCGCUGCCCACGAAAGCCACAUGAACACCAUCAUCGCAAAAUCCUCCGUCGAAUACAGCAGCGACAUGCAGCUUAUCUCGGUAGUGACAUUGCUCUUUCUACCUGGCACAUUCAUGGCCACUCUUUUCAGUGCCAGCUUUUGGAACUUCCAGCCCGGACACCAAGGUCCGGUGGUCUCGAGAUGGGGUUGGGUGUACUUUGUUAUCACGAUUACACUUACGCUGACAGUUUUUGCGGUUUGGAGGUUCUUUUCUAGGUGGGAGAGGAUGAAAGAGGUACCUUUCAAGUUGGAGACUGAUAUAAGCGUGCUGGAUGCGAUUGAUGAGAUCAAUGAGGACUAA